AUGAGGCCCCGAAGACGACGACUACUCGGUAUACGACCUCGUCGUCCCGUACACAACCCCGUACAUCUACCUCACCAAACUCGUCCACGACUGGUUCCACCGGUCACUCGGGACUAUUUCACUAUUCCCGAUGGUCUCCGAACAAAUCGACCGGAUCCAGCUACACAGGAAGCUCGAUUGGAACCAGCGCAUCCUGGAAUUCUGUUCACCUACUCGGAACCACUCUGUCAGGAUUUGAAUACAGCCAGCAACAGUUCAGUCGACUAUAAAAAACUAUACGAGGCUGAAAAAUCAGCCACCGCUGAGCUGCGUGCAGCCAUCGCGUCUGCCCAAAGCGAACUCAGGGAAUUACAAGAACAGGUGGAAGCCACACAACGAAAACGACGCUCCAGUGAUGCCGAGCAACGAAAAUUGGAAAGGAAAAUUUCCGAAUGUGACGAAGAAUUGAAAACCCUGGACAAAUUGCGCAGUGAGUCGGAACGCUUGCGUGCAGAACACCGUGCCCUCGUCCGUGUCGUCUCUCGACUGAAUCGGGAACAGUGA